CAGUGUAACAGGGGAAGUAAACAGAAGACGGGCUGUUGACGUUACGCAACCUGCAGGUAUUGGACUUUAACUGUCUAAGGUUAGCUAGUUCAUCUGUAAAACUUUAAUACGUGUAAUUAAACAGCAAUGUCUUCAGUCGAGCAUCUGAGAGAGUUUGUCCACGAGCGACUAACGGCUGCUGCUGAAGAAAUAUUCGGAGUUUUAAAAAAUACUAUCUUCGAGUACGAGGAAGAGAUAAACCGUCAACGCAGACGGUUGGAUGUCGUUUGGAAACCUGAAAUAAAAUUACACAGGAUUAAAGAGCUCCCACAGCAACAUGUCUGUAAGAAGGAGGAGGAGGAGGGUCAGAUUCAGGAGAGGAGCUCCAGUCUGGACCAGGAGGAGCCAGAGCCUCCCCAGAUUAAACAGGAACAGGAGGGACUCUGCACCAGUCAGGAGGGAGAGCAGCUCACACUGAAGCAGGAGACUGCCGCCUUUAUGUUGACUCCUACUCAUGAGGAACGCGGCCACGGUGAAGAUCAGACUCUGAACUUGGCUCCUGAUGACGCUCUCGGUGCAGCAGAGGAAGAGUCUGUAGCCAACAUGCCAGUUAUAGCCUCUGUGGUGUCAGAAGCACACAGUGACCCACAGUUCUGCUCUCACAACUCUCAUGAAGCCGAGAGCAAAAACCAGAAAGGAGGCGAGCAUGGAGAUUCGGGAUCAACUAGAAAAGCAGAGUCCAAACCGAAGAGAAGACGUCACAAAAGCAGCAGUCACAACAACAAUGGAAAAAACCCUAAUUCGUUAAAGAUUCAACGUGUUACUGACAAAGGUAAAACGUCUUUUAAAUGUGACACUUGUGGGAAAGACUUUAAGUAUAAUUCACAACUUCAGACACACUUGAGAAUCCACACAGGUGAGAAACCGUUUUCUUGCAAAACGUGUGGAAACAAUUUUAGACUCAAAAGUGAAUUGACAGUCCACAUGAGAACCCACACAGGUGAGAAUGUGUUUACAUGUGAAACAUGUGGAAAAGAUUUCAAUCAAUCUUGUAACUUCUUGACCCACAUGAGAAUCCACACAGGUGAGAAGCCGUAUUCUUGCAAAACAUGUGGUAAAGAUUUCAGACAUCAAAGUAGCUUGUUGACCCACAUGAGAACCCACACAGGUGAGAGGCCGUAUUCUUGCAAAACAUGCGGGAAAGAUUUCAGAACUACAAGUGCAUUAACAAUCCACAUGAGAACCCACACAGGUGAGAAGCCGUAUUCUUGCAAGACAUGUGGGAAAGAUUUCAGAAGUACAAGUGCAUUUACAAUCCACAUGAGAACCCACACAGGUGAGAAGCCGUAUUCUUGCAAGACAUGUGGCAAAACUUUCAGAUUCCAUGGUGAAUUGACAAUCCACACGAGAACCCACACAGGCGAGAGGCCGUAUCCUUGCAAAAAAUGUGGGAGAGCGUUCAGGAACAAUCGUGAAUUGACAAUCCACAUGAGAACCCACACUGGCGACAAGCCAUACCUUUGCGCGACCUGCAAGAAAAGAUUCAACACCAUGUCGGACGUGAAAAGGCACAUGAGAACCCAUACAGGGGAGAAGCCGUAUCCUUGCAAGACCUGCAGGAAAAGAUUCAAUAACAUGUCGAACAUGAAAACACACAUGAGAACCCACACUGGCGACAAGCCGUACCUUUGCAAGACCUGCAAGAAAAGAUUCAAUUCCGUAUCGGACUUGAAUAGGCACACGCUGACCCACACUGCCGAAAGGCCGUACCCUUGCAAGACCUGCGGGCAAAGAUUCAGCAUCAUGUCGAACAUGAAAAGGCACAUGAUAACCCACUCGAGCAGCGACGGUUUGAGCACUCGUACCAAAAGGUCAUGAAGAUUCUGGCACACGUCCGCAUUGAACGUUAACGUAAGAGUACGCGCCGGUGAGAGGCCAUAUUCUUUAAACGACUUUGGGAAAAGAUUAGCCUGGUUGAAACCAGACCCUUCUCAGUUGUAACUGAGAAGGGUCUGGGAAAGGUUCAUUGACAGUUCAUUUCCAAAGGGGCGUCACCAACGGACGCCGCUC